UUUCACUUUUCCUUUUUUGCUUGGACUGACGACAACGCAUGGGUCCGUUCCACGAGCGAUUUUAUUUCCUCUGUGAUUCUCGAUGCAGCUAGUUCGUUCACAAUCACCAUGCGCAUUUUAUUUUACAUAGUGCUUCUCGGAGCGUUGGUGUUGGCCAAUGUGUCCGGUGAGGUCGAUUCUACACGCGAAAGUCUAGAAAGGUCCACGUUCGACGAUCAGUCCCAAACGGACGACAACGAGAAAGUGAUCCACACGCAAAGUUUGGCAACAAUUGAAAGUUUUUUGCGUUCACCUGUUAACCUUUCAAAGGAUACAGGUCGAAUAAAUUUACUUCCAAUUGACAGCGGUGGCCACAUCUCAGACGCAAACGAAGGAAACAAAGACUCGAACAAUUCUGAAGAGGUGCUUGAUUUAUCGUCGGAAGGCAAUCCGCCUCAACUGGAAACUCACGUGGCUGCGACUGUUAAUCAGAGCGUAACAGUUGACCCAGCAGCGCAGGUGGUGGUCAACACAACCAGUGAAGAAAUUAAAACGCUGGUCCCAAUUAGUGCCCAAGGCCAGAGAACAAUAGCCACUAAUAAGUUGUUGCAAAAUCGAUUAGAUCGUAGCAAAACAACGACAACCGCUAAUCCAAUCUCUGGACAUUCGGAUGAAGAAAGCGAUGAUUCGGAUAAGAAAACAACGACACCAACAACAGCCCGGAGCUCGCCCACCAAAAAUCGGUUCGGCGGUUUGCGUACUACAACAGCCCGCAGUUUAGCAACCAAAGAAUCCAGCGAGCAGGACGAUUCAGUUAAAACAAUUCAAACAACUGUAAAACCUAUUCAAUCAACAACAACAAUACGAAAUCCGAUAUCUGGCAAAUUUGGGCGCUUUCGAACGCCAACCGCAUCCGUCCCCGUCUCUAAUAAUUCCGACGAAGAAAUCGGUUUAACGAAGCAAAUUGUAACGACGACAGCCCGCAGCUUUACAACCAACAACAGGUUUAGUCGUGUACGGACGACGACUGUCUCAACUCCCGAUGCUUCGGCGGAAGAAAUCAAAUCGGUUAAUGAGGUUAAAACAACAACAGCUGCAAGUUUAACGUUCGGUAAUCGAUUCGGUCGUCUCCAUACCACGACACUUGCAGCAAAAGAUUCAGAUGAAGAGGUUGACGCGGUCAAGGAGAUCCAGACGACGACGGUCCGUCCUUCGUUGCCAAAAACUCGACUUAACCGUUUCAAAACAACGGCAAUCCCCAAGCCAGUGAGGCAAGAGUCUAAAGAGCAAGGUAAUGUCACUACCUCGACGCCUGUACCUCAUAAAUUAUUAAUAGGCAAUAAAUUCAAUCGCAUCCGCACGGCCUCUGCUGCUGUUCCUAUCUCCGACACUUCUGACGAAAUAGCUAACUCGGUUAAAGUUACUCAGACAACUACAUCACGCAGUGUAACAUCCACCAACCGAUUGAGUCGAUUCCGGACAACUUCUGCCUCAGCAUCAAAGAAAGAUUCAGAAGAACAAGAUGAUGUGAUUAACGUAACUACGACAACAUUACGCACCCCAUCGUUUCGAAAUAUGUUUAGUCGGACACGAACGACAACAAGUUCUCCGAUAUCUCGAGAUUCUAUUGAAGAAGAAGAUGUAAACCAAACAUCCACGACGACAAUUCGCAGUUUGCCAACCAGAAAAAUGUUUGGUCUUCCUCGAACGAUAACGGUUCCUGCCCGAAUUCCCAACGGUUCCGAUGAGGAUGGGGAUGUCGUGAACAAGACAGAAACAUCAACGACACGCAGGUUUCUCGCAGGGAAUCGAUUCGGUCGUAUACAAACAACAACUCUUCCAUCGAUUAAAACAACUUCCCAGAACUCUGACGAAGAAGUGGAUGAUGCAACUCAGACGACCACCGCUCGCAGUUUGGCAACAACGAAUCGUUUCAAAGGCUUCCGCGUUACAACUCCAGCAUCCAGAGAUUCGGAAGAACGAGUCAGUCCAGUUAAUAAUACUCAAACGAACGCGCGUAAUUUACUUUUGAGGAAUCGAGUCAGUCGUUUACAAACAACAACAACAACCAGCCUUCCAGAACAUUCUGACGAACAAGUCGAUUCCGGCAAUGGAACUCAAACGACUCCGGCAUCAGUUCAUAUCGAAUUGGCACACAUCAAUUCUAACGAGCAAGACGACACGAAUAAUAGCACUGAGACAACGACAGUUCGUAACCAAGUGGCUUUGAAAUAUUCUCAUCGUUAUCGGACAACCACCGUUCUUAAUUUGACUUUGGAAAAUUCAGACGAACAAGAGGACGAUUUGAAUAGUACAACCCCAAUGACGAGCAGUAUUCAAAUUCCAUCGACUACGAAGAGCCCCCCUCUAACGCCAGCCUCUACAAUUGUGGCAGAGAAAGCCACCUUAUCGUCGGAAAUAGCCAAUCUAGAGAGGAAAGACCGAGCCAUCAUUUACAACGCUCAAACAAACGUUAUCGUCAAUCAUCCCAGCAAGUUUGAAACUACUACAACACGAUUGCCAAUAUUCAAAAGCUAUUUUACGACCCUACAUUCGGACGAGAUGGACGAUGUUUCCGAGGAUGACGACAUAAGCAGCAUCCUUUAUUCCUACAUCGAGUAUAGAACGCCUGUUGCACCAACCACGACACGUGUGAUGGAUGAAGACAAUUCAGCAGAAAUCGAUGAUUUUUCUUUGGAAUCAAAGGACUCGGUCACCGAGAAACCUGAACACAGUGCCGAAACGGCAGACAAUGACCGAGUUACGAUCGUGGGCCCCGAGGUUCUUUCCGCAGGCAAGACAAAUGACGAUGUUUCGAUGGAAUUCAUUAUCGUGGUCAACAGCAACUCGAAAAGUGCCCGAAACAAAACAGCAGCGUUCCUUCAAGGUGCUAAGCUCUUAAUGGACUCUGACGAAGGUAAUGACGUCUCGGCGGAGGGUGAAGCAUCGGGUGACGUUCCAAACGAAGAUGACCAAUAUCAAACAACACCAGUACAAAAAUUCACUCAUGUUGAGUCUGAGGAAGGGAAUGACGCUUCUACCGAGGCCGAAAUAUCACGUGACAUUGCAAACCGAACGAGUUCCGUAGAGCCCAGCGUCGUUGAAUCGGAAGAGCGGAGUAACGUUUCAACGGAUACCGAGGCGUCAGAUGGCGUCUAUGGUGAGAAGAUGAAUAUCGAGCAUCAAACGGAAUCUGUAGAACAAGAUGUUAAUCUUGCCACAGAAUCGGAUGAGGGCAAUAACGUGUCAGCGGAAAUGACCAAAAGCGCGUUAAGCGGUAACAGGGAGGAUCGCAAUAAGACGAGUACGCAACUGCCGCAGGAUUCCGACGAAAAAGAUGAAUCCUCUUUAGAAGUUGACGUCAGUAAAUUGCCUGAAAUUAAACGGCUGUUGACUGACGUAGAAAAUGGAGAAUCAUCAACUGAAGCGGUAGACAAAACAGCCGCGGUACAGACUGAAAAUCGCGUUUUAUUCCCGGAUAUCGAACAGCUUUUCAAAUUAGAUGUCGAAAACCAAACGGCGACACCAACGAAGAGCACCAACCAAACGUUGAUGGAAGAAGCCAAUAAGAAGAAAGAAGUCACCAUGAAAAUCAGGGAACUCCUGACAAACCCCAUUGUCCAGGAAAGGCUUCAGGAAAGACUUCAAGCAAUCGAUGGUCGUUUGAAGGACUCGAAAAGCGCGAGAGUUAAGCGUCUCAUCGAGAAAUAUUUAGCCGCUCUGGCCAAAUUAUCUCCAUCUUCCAAUUCUGCAACAUCCUUCAGUUUCUCUGUCCUCCUUCCGUUUAUGGUCACUUGCCUUUUGCUUGGAUUCUCAUAAGUUAAACGCGCCUUAUCGAGCAGUUUGCUCGCUGUACAUUUGCUGUCCAGUUUGCUCUCAUUUAUUUGUUUUUCCUGUAAAAAAAAAAAAAGAACAUCGGUCUGCCAGUCUUGCUCAAACACCAAUAAUUAUCCAUCUUCCAAAUAACUAUUAAAUCGGUUAAUCUUCAUGGUAUGUUUUAGCGCUACGUACUCGUGGUAUCGUUUGUAACCUGCUUUUUUUUCUAUUUUCACGUUCUCUAAAAUUUGAAAUACAGUU